GUGCUUUGUCGUCGUCAGCAUCGUAACGCAGGGUGAAACCAACCUCUAUUUAUGCCCACACCGCUCCCUCCCUCCCUCCUCGCACAGAUCCAACCUCUCCUCUCGUCGUGCGGGGGGGAAUGGCGCUGCUUGAGCUGGUUUUGGUUGCUUUUGCCUCGCUGCUCUCUGCUGGGGAGGGGUACGGAGGAAGAGGACGGUGGAGCAGAGCACAUGCCACCUUCUACGGAGGAAGUGAUGCGUCAGGGACGAUGGGAGGAGCUUGUGGCUAUGGCAACUUGUACAGCCAAGGGUAUGGAACCAACACCGCAGCUCUGAGCACUGCCCUCUUCGGCGACGGCCUCAGCUGUGGAGCUUGCUACCAGAUUGUGUGCGUGAAAGACCGCCGGAAUUGUUUGCGAGGAUCCGUUGUGGUCACCGCCACCAACUUCUGCCCACCCAACAGCGCCCUCCCAAACGACGCCGGUGGGUGGUGUAAUCCCCCCCUGCAGCACUUCGACCUAUCUCAGCCCGUGUUCCUCCGCAUCGCUCAGUACAGAGCUGGAAUCGUGCCGGUUGCAUACCGCAGGGUCCCCUGCAGGAAGAGAGGCGGCAUCAGGUUCACCGUCAAUGGCCACUCCUACUUCAACCUGGUGCUCAUCACCAACGUCGGAGGAGCAGGCGACGUGCAUGCGGUGGCCGUCAGGGGAACCAGGACGGGGUGGCAGUCCAUGUCCAGGAACUGGGGCCAGAACUGGCAGAGCAACGCCUUCCUCGACGGCCAGUCCCUCUCCUUCAAGGUCACCACCAGCGACGGCCGCUCCGUCGUCUCCUACGACGUGGCUCCUGCAACCCGGUCCUUCGGACAAACCUUCAGCGGUGGCCAAUUCCACUGAGAAGCACAUGUGACGUGCUUCACGUUAGAGAGUAACCCAUAAUUCUAAGCAUAGAGUGAUGGAUGAAGAUUAAAAGGGCUUAUUUUACCUUGGCCUUUCAUGGUGUUAGAGUCUGUGUGUAAGCCUUAUAUCAAUGGCUUGCUGUUCUUAGAGGAGAAGACACAGCUUAAGAAGCUGCUCGUCUUCUUAGGGAGUAGUCAGAAGUGGUGGCAUUCUACCUCUCAUUUCUCCUGAGGCGCAUCUGAAGAGAAGGCUUCUUCUCUGUGACUCAUCGUCACCACUGCUUGUAUCAUGUCAUUUAUGCAAGUGAAGUUAUAUGGCAGAUUAAUGA